GACUGUUCAGUUUCACGGCUGUCAUGUGACAAUCACGUGACUCCUCCCGUUGAAACAGAGUCAUAAUGGCGGACAGGAAGUCUCAGAUCGUGGUGGAGGGCGAGGCGUCUGAGUCGGACUCUGAUCAGGAGGUGUACAUGUCGCCUGGACUGACGGUUCCUGGUGAGGCGUCCGAGACGGACAGCGAGGGGGAGGAGCAAAAAUCCCCCACGUUCCACCACGACUUACCACCGCUCACCGUCCACCGCCACACCCCCACCACGGAGCACAGACCCGCCACGCCCACUCCGGGCGGGCACCUAACCUCCUUGCUGCAGCAGAAGCUCCAGGAGAGUAACGCCCGGCUGCGCGCGGACCUCGACCAGAGCGUCAGACUGGUCUACCUGGGCGCGGCCAGAGACGUCAAGGCCGCCACGGCGCACCUGAGUCACUCGCAGGGCGUGGUCAUCGCCACCUCGCACACCGUCCGCGUCGCCAUGGACGACCUCAGAGCCGUGUGCGACAAGAUCGACAUCAUCACCGGCUGCCGCCUGCUGCCUGACAUCAACAUGACGCCCUGCUCCGCUUCCCGUUAAACCCAUUCAUGCUACAACCACGAGGCUGUGAGUUCCAAUCCCACAGCAGGCCGAACAGUCAGCAGCUGCAAGGUUGUGGGUUUGAAUCUCAGCUGGUCCUGAAUAAAGAAUGAGCUGGAGGCAGGAAGGUUAUGAGCUUGAAUCCAUGGCCUGCCGGGAAGCCUCUAGCCGGGAUGUUGUGGGAUCAAAUCCCUGGACUGCGAAUUCCUAAUAGCAGUGUUCUUUAUUUAUGCACAAUUUCUAUUUGCUUGCUGAUAGUUUUUAAUGCUUGUUCUCCCAAUUUAGUCGUAUCCAAAUCCCCAGUUGUAUCUCUUUUACUGCUGCUGUACCUCCCAUGUGACAGGUUCACAGGGAUCCGUACAGCAUACGGAGAGUAACACACUGCAGUGCCGCGACCAGCCAGUAGAGGCCGCAAUAGCAGCAAUAAUCAGGAACCCCAUUCGACCACCUCGCCCUCCUUCAGACACAGCCGAGCACGAGAUCCGAGCAGUAGUGAGCUAGUGUGUUUUACAGCCGAAUUUAUCACACUGGAGAAAAUAAAAGAUGAUGAAAGAUGCAACAGUUUUCAUUUUGUUUUUUCACACUGAUGUGUUGGAUUGAUGGUAAAUAAACAGUUAUUGUGCAGUAAAAUCUUCAAACGAUGUAAUUUGGGGUGUACAAACUUAUGCAAAGACUGUAUAAUAGACUUCUUGAUAAUUAAAUUAAGUGUGCAUGUGUGUGUGUGUGAUCCAAUAAACCCAUAAGACUAAACCUG